CCCCUCCGGGCCUGCUGUGUCCCUCCAGCCUACAAGACCCCCGACAAGCUGCAGCAGGCGGCCCUGCCCCUCCUGUCCAACGCCGACUGCAUGAAGUUCUGGGGCAGCAGGAUCACGAAUGUGAUGGUUUGCGCGGGUGCCAGCGGCGUGUCCUCCUGCUCGGGCGACUCUGGGGGCCCCCUUGUCUGCCAGAAGGCUGGAGUCUGGACCCUGGUGGGCGUCGUGUCCUGGAGCAGCAGCGUCUGUUCCACCUCUGUUCCUGCUGUGUACGCCCGCGUCACCGAGCUCAUCCCUUGGGUUCAGGAAAUACUUGCUGCCAGCUGAGCCCGUGAUUCAAUGAUGAGCUCAUAAAAGCAUACGAGGGAAGCACCGAGUUCAUCUGUGUCUCUGUA